UAACCUUUAUGAAUGAACUCGUCCAACUGCCGUGCCCACUACCACUCCCUUAAGCCUGCAUUCCGUGGGAUCAUAUCAGUCAGGUUCAGGUGUUCAGACCGGGCACUAGCUGAUACAAACCCUUCACAGCUCACAGAGUAUCGUGGGAUUCUGCAAAACGUGACGACGGAACCGGCAAAAUGAGUCAAUCUGACCCGGGACACAUGAUGAUGGGAGGAGCCUCGGGAGCAAAAGAUGCGACACCGGAGAUCCAAGCAAUCUGCGAUGAGGUGAAGGCAGAAGUGGAAAAACAGGCUGGUGUGAAAUAUCGCACCUUCCAGGCCGUGUCCUACAGGUCACAGGUGGUGGCAGGAACCAACUACUUCAUCAAGGUGGACGUAGGUGGUGAGAAGUAUGUGCACCUGACGGUGUUCAAGGGUCUGCCACAUAACCCUGGCCUCAAGGUCAGCGCCGUACAGCUGAACAAGGGCAAGGAAGACCCCCUCUAGAUGCACCUGAUGACUGCAUCUACCAUGAAAGCUGCGCAAAGAGGAACAACUUGUUUGUACCUGGUGGCUGCAUUAGUUGUGGUGCUACACAGAAAAUAUUCAAUUCAGCUGGCAUAUUGUUAUGGUACUUCUGUUCCUUCAUAUUAGAUGUUGGAUAGACUGCUACAUUUUGCUUCCAUAAAACGAUUAUAAAAGAACACAAAAUUGUAAUACUUUUUACAGACUAUUGUCCAGUGACUUCAGUAUGGAUUCAGCAGCAAUUCAAAAUUUCAGAUCAAUGUUUACUAUCCGUUGGAUUUAUUAGGAAUCAAUUUUAAUGUGUGUUGAAUCUGUGUCCUCAAUUUGCACGUGCAUGUUUGUGCAGACCAAAAAACAUCGAGAUACAGGCAAACAUAUCUUAACACACCACCUUCUUGCCUUAACCUAUAUUAUUCAAGAAAACUAUGGUCCAUGUGUCUCUACACGUCCUGACUACCAACCAACAAGUGUUACGUUAAUAUUGGCUACAUAGUAGCAGGUAUCCUAUGAUCAACGACCUUAAUUUACUAUAGCAAACAAAUAUUAAUGUACAUGUAAGAGCUAACUGGUACACUUGUGGGACAUCUUGUUUUACUAAAAUAAUGGCGCUGACAAAUUCUUUUAACUUCUAGCAGCGCUUCCACUGGUCAGGCAUCUGAAAGAUACCCCAACCAUCCCCUGGCAGCAAGAGAUUGUGUAACACAGGCUAUGUUGCAUUUUACUCACAGAGAACAAAAUUAUGAUAUUGGAGAGAUUCAAGACCCUUACUAAGGAUAGGCUAUUGUAGUGCACCACAGCAAAACAUACUGAGAUGUAGGGAGGGGUGAUAAACAUUCCAUUUGUCUAGAAAUGAGCGAGGUUGCAGGCUUGGAGCAAUAAAAGAUAGCCUGAGUGUCAGUCUUGUUAGCUUUCGUCCGCCC